GCAGAUGGGUGCUGCAGUCUGCAAACAAGUCCCCAGAGGAGCCUGGCAGACUUGAAGAGCGGCUUGAAGAGAGAAAGCAGUCCAGGUUUUCCGAGCAACUUGUUGAAACGGAGCAAGCUGCCACCUUCUGCCAGCUUCUCCAUCUGUCUCUGUGGCUCUGAGCUUUCCAGGAUUUGGCUUCCCAGAAGGUCUGUGAGGCAGAGCAGGGCGAGAUCUCUCCCAACAAGGCAACAGCAGGAGCCCAUCCUGGAUCCCACAAUGGCAGGUGUCUGCGGCUGUUGUGGAGCUUUGCGCCCCCGUUACAAGAGGCUGGUUGACAACAUUUUCCCCGAGGACCCAGAGGAUGGGCUGGUGAAAACCAACAUGGAGAAGCUGACUUUCUACGCCCUCUCUGCUCCUGAGAAGCUCGACCGCAUCGGCGCUUACCUGUCCGAAAAACUGAUCCGAGACGUGAGCAGACACCGAUACGGGUACGUCUGCAUUGCGAUGGAAGCCCUGGACCAGCUACUGAUGGCUUGCCACUGCCAGAGCAUCAAUCUUUUCGUGGAGAGCUUCCUGAAGAUGGUGGCAAAGCUGCUGGAGUCUGAGAAGCCGGACCUGCAGAUCCUCGGCACGAACUCUUUUGUGAAAUUUGCAAACAUCGAGGAGGACACCCCGUCGUAUCACAGGAGCUACGACUUCUUCGUCUCUCGCUUUAGCGAAAUGUGUCAUUCCAGCCACGACGAAAUGGACACCCGGACAAAAAUCCGGAUGUCUGGGAUAAAAGGUCUCCAAGGCGUGGUGCGGAAGACAGUGAACGACGAACUUCAAGCCAACAUUUGGGACCCUCAGCACAUGGAUAAGAUUGUCCCUUCGCUGCUCUUCAACCUUCAGCAUGCGGAGGAAACUGAAAGCCGUUCUCCGUCUCCCUUGCAAACAACCGAGAAGGAGAAGGAGAACCCAGCAGAGCUGGCUGAGAGAUGCCUGAGGGAGCUGCUGGGCCGGGCAGCUUACGGAAACAUCAAAAACGCCAUCAAACCUGUCCUCAUCCACCUGGACAACCACACGCUGUGGGAGCCGAAGACGUUCGCCAUCCGCUGUUUCAAGAUCAUCAUGUACUCGAUCCAGCCCCAGCACUCUCACCUCGUGAUCCAGCAGCUUCUAAGCCACUUGGAUGCCAACAGCAGGAGCGCGGCCACAGUUCGGGCCGGGAUAGUGGAGGUCCUGUCGGAGGCGGCCGUCAUCGCAGCCUCCGGAUCGGUUGGGCCAACCGUGCUGGAGGUCUUCAACACCCUCCUGAGGCAGCUGCGCCUGAGCAUCGAUUACGCCCUGACAGGCAGCUACGAUUGCGCCAUCGCCGGGGGCAACAAGAUCAUCAAGGAGCACGAAGAGAGGAUGUUCCAGGAGGCCGUGAUCAAGACCACAGGUUCGUUUGCCAGCACCCUGCCCACCUAUCAGAGGUCGGAGGUCAUGCUCUUUAUCAUGAGCAAGGUCCCUCUUCCUUCUCUGCAUCACCCUCUAGACACGGGCAAAGCUGGGGAGAAUCGGAAUCGGCUGACGCAAAUCAUGCUGCUGAAAUCCCUCCUCCAGGUCUCCACCGGCUUCCAGUGCAGCAACAUGCUGACGGCUCUCCCCAGCUCCUUCCUGGACCGGCUCCUGUCGUCGGCUCUGAUGGAGGACGCAGAGAUCCGCCUCUUUGUCCUCCAGAUCCUCAUCAGCUUCAUCGACCGCCACGGGAACAAGCACAAGUUCCAGACCAUCAGCACCAUCAGCGACAUCUCCAUCCUGAAGCUGAAAGUGGACAAGUGCUCCCGCCAGGAUACCGUCUUCAUGAAAAAGCACUCGCAACAGCUGUAUCGCCACAUGUAUUUGACAUGCAAGGAGGAGAGCAAUGGGCGGGCGCAUUACGAGGCCAUCUACAGCCUACUGGCUCUCACCAGCAUCGAGCUGGCCAACGAGGAGGUGGUGGUGGACCUGAUCCGCCUGGCGCUGGCCAUGCAGGAGCUGGCCCAGGUCAACGAGGACAACCUGCCUUUAUACUGUCGCUGCGCCCUCUAUGCCCUCGGUGCCGCAUACCUGAACCUCAUCAGCCAGCUGACCACGGUGCCCGCCUUCUGCCAGCACAUCCACGAGGUCAUUGAGAUGAGGCAGAAGGAGGCGCCCUACCUGCUCCCCGAAGGCGUGUUUGCAGAGAAGCCCAGGUUAUCGAGGAACCUGGACCGACUGGGCCCCGAGAUCCUCUUUCGGCAGAGCAAGAUCAGCGAGGUGCUGGGGGGCAGCGGCUACAAUUCGGACCGGCUCAGCACCCCUUAUAUCCCCCAGCUGACAGAUGAAGACCGGCUGUCAAAGAGGAAGAGCAUUGGCGAGACCAUCUCCCUGCAGGUGGAAGUGGAGUCCAGAAAUAGCCCCGAAAAAGAGGAGAGAGCUCCUGCCGAAGAGAUCACGUACGAAACCUUGAAGAACGCAAUCGUAGACAGCGUUGCGGUGGAGGAACAGGAGCGGGAGAGGAGGAGGCAAGUGGUGGAAAAGUUCCAGAAAGCUCCCUUCGAAGAAAUCGCGGCUCACUGUGGCGCCCGGGCCACGCUUCUGCAGAGCAAGCUCAACCAGAUAUUUGAAAUCACCAUACGCCCUCCUCCAAGCCCCUCGGGGACCAUCACGGCCACGUACGGCCAGCCUCAGAGCCACUCCAUCCCGGUCUACGAGAUGAAGUUCCCGGACCUGUGUGUGUACUGAGGGGUCCCGACUGCAUGCCAGGACUGCAGCUUCAAGCCAUCACCUGGGACCAGGAGGAUCGCGAUCCUGCCACCUCCGUGAGCCUGAGGGGGAGGGCACCCCCCCUUGGACCACCUUCCAAGCAAGGGGCACAGAAGAUGCACCCCCCUUACAGUGUCCCACACCCCCCCCAAGGCUCCUUCCACUUCCUUUCCCUCCUUUGUGCUUGACUCGAUUUCCCAUCAUGCGGAAGAGAGCACCCGGGCAGCCUUUGACGGACGGUCGCAAGAGGCGGGGCGCCAUUUUCGGCCUCCCUUUUUUAAGAAGAUGUUUUAAAAAGUCUUUUUUGAUGGGUCGGGUGUUUUUUCUCUCUCUCUCUCUCUCUCUCUCUCUCUCUCCACUGAACGCGUGUGUUGAUAAUCCAUCGCAUAAAGUCAAUCUAUUCUCUGUG